GCCGUUGGCUCCGGUAUUUCCCUCUCGCUCUUUCAUUCAGGAAAAGAGCGGGAGAAGGAGUCAGUAACAGCCACGUGCACUUUAUUAUCCCGUUCACUCCUAGAGUCCACCUACAAAACUGAUGUCAAUAUCACGGAUGGAAGGUUAAAAAGAAGUGGGUUGAAGGUAUAAAACAUGAGCUCUGUCAAAAAAGGAGGAUGCAAUGGCGGCCAAUGACUGUCAGAAGCGGUGGGGAUGGAUGCUGAUGCUCACACGCACAUCGCAGUGAACAUUAGGCGGCCGGCCUCUUGCUGCUUUUCGCGAAUCUGAAACACGCUCCCCACAUUCUCAUGAUCGCGAUGACCGUUUACAGCACUUUUCGUCUACUUCGGUGAUUGUGCUGUUCGCUUUUUCCGUACAAGCCAUAUUGAGGACACUGGGUUUUGUCUAACUGCUUUCUGGAUGGCCCAGACUUCCGAACCAAAUCCUAAAAAGUGUCAAGGCGCAACCUUCACUUUAGGAGGAUAUUCUUACAAAAUAGUGGCUAAUGCACCUGACUGUGGAGAGACUGGAGAAAAAUUAUCUGCAACAAGAGACGCUAAUCGCGAGAAAACUGGAAAUGGAACACCGCCUAUGGUGAUCCGAAGAUCGAGCCCUCGUGCGGGACAACUGCAACGAUGUAGAGCUCAAGAAACCGACAGUUUGGACCAAUCAGAGAAUCGUCUUCCACCAGUGGAUACUAUGGAAGCAUGCAACAAAGCAGCGAAAAGGCUUAGAGAACUGGCUAGGCACUUACAGCACGGAGAAAUACCUGUAUCAGUUCUGCAAAAUGCUCUACAGUACGCUGCUUGUGUUUUGGAUUCUGUCUCCAUCGAUGACAGCAAGUUGAGGUCUAAAGAAACUGGCUCUCCGACUCAUCUGGAAUGGACAACAGUCAACAGAAGACAGUUCAGAAGACUGGUAACGAAAAGUCGCAGAACACUAGACGACGAGGAUGAACUUUCUGAAUUUCAGCCCAACGCUGUUCCUACUGAAGUACGAGACUGGUUGGCUUCCACAUUUACAAAAAAGCCUGCAGCUCAGCGGAAGAGAUCUGAAGACAAGCCACGAUUUCGAUCGGUUGCCAAUGCAAUUAGAGCAGGCAUUAUGGUGGACAGACUUUAUCGCAGAAUGUCUAACUCGACGUUGUUCUACAUUCCAACGCAUAUAUCGCUGAAUCUGAAAGGCAUUGACGAUUAUUCGUUUGACAUAUUUGCUUUAAAUGAAAAAGCAAAUGGGCAAGGUCUUCGCUAUUUAGCAUAUGAUUUACUCAAUCGGUAUGGAAUAACUCAUAAGUUCAAG